UCUUUCCUUGCCUAUACUAAGCUCAGCAUCCUCAUCGCUCCUCUCAUCUUCCCGGUUACGAGCAAUCGUAGACUUGGUAGUUGGAAACCUGCAAUGGCUCGAAUGUCGACUGCCGUGGCUGUCCUCAUUCUCUCAGCAGCAUUAUUUGGGUCAGCACUCGGUCAGGCCCCAAGCCCGACCUCAAUGUCCGCACCUAGAUUGGCCCCGAGUCCGAUGUUUGUCCCCAGCCCAGAAUCCAGCUUUGGCCCGGCUCCACCCCCUGGUCCGGACUGCUUUACUAUCCUCCUCAACCUGUCGGACUGCCUUACGUACGUGCAGCCGGGGAGCAACCUGACGGUGCCCGACAAGCCAUGCUGCCCCGAGCUGAAGAACCUCGUGGACAGCAGCCCAGUCUGCCUGUGUAAACUGCUCGGGGAGCCCGAAUCGACAGGGUUCAAUAUAAGCGUCAGCAGAGCCCUCAAGCUUCCCUCAGUAUGUGCUGUUGCCACUCCCCCAGUUAGCUUAUGCUCAGUUUUCGGGAUUCCUGUUGCCGCUCCAAUGGCAAGUGAAGGUCCUUCAGCACCAGGUGGAGAGCCGCCAUCUUCAAUCGCCUCCGCCCCAUCGGGGUCCAAAAGCAGAGCUUCAAGAAGUGUACUCUCAGGAGGAGUCUUCGGAGCUGCAAUUCUUGUUUCGAUGUUCUUCUGAUCCGUAGAGGUUACGAUUUCAUUCUUGUUUUCCCUCAUGAAAUAAUCCUGUUGUCAUGACCAUAUAGUACUUUGCCCUUUCAUUGUGUUUUUGUUCUAAAUUUGUUAUCUGUUGCAUUUUCAGUUUCCCGAUUCUUCUUAGUACUACAGAUAAUUUAGAAAUGAAGUUUCCACUGCAGCUGCCCUUU